CCAAAAUAAAUAAAAACAAAAAAAAAACAAUUUAUUGAAAAAAAUCAAUUUUAAGCAUUUAAUUCAUAAUUAUUAAGGAUAUCUUUUGGAAAUCGCUACCAGCAUGUCGUUCCUAAGAGGAAGCCUUAACUAUGUUUGGUGCACAACAUCAGUUUUAGGGAAAGGAGCAACAGGAGCCGUUUUCCAAGGAGUCAACAAGCACAAUGGAGAGCCAGUCGCUGUAAAAACAUUCAAUCAACUUUCACACAUGAGACCUUAUGAGGUACAAAUGAGAGAAUUUGAAGUUCUAAGAAAGGUGAAACAUGACAAUAUUGUAAAGCUUCUUGCAAUCGAGGAUGAUCAAGAGGGUCGUGGAAAAGUAAUUGUGAUGGAAUUGUGUACGGGAGGAAGUUUGUUCAAUAUUUUAGAUGACCCUGAAAAUACUUAUGGCCUUCCACAACAUGAAUUUUUUCUUGUGUUAGAGCAUUUAACUGCUGGAAUGAAGCAUCUUCGUGACAAUAAUUUAGUUCAUAGAGACUUGAAGCCUGGAAAUAUUAUGAAAUUUUUAUCAGAAGAAGGUUUAACAAUUUAUAAGCUUACAGAUUUCGGAGCUGCAAGAGAACUUGAAGAGAAUCAACAGUUUAUGUCACUUUAUGGAACUGAAGAGUACUUACAUCCAGAUAUGUAUGAGCGUGCUGUGUUAAGGAAAAGUGUAAAUAGAUCAUUCACAGCUAAUGUUGACUUGUGGUCAAUUGGUGUCACACUUUAUCAUGUGGCUACUGGGAAUCUACCGUUUAGACCAUUUGGAGGACGCAAGAAUAAGGAAGUUAUGCAUCAUAUCACCACAAAAAAACUUCCAGGUGUGAUAGCUGGCAUUCAACUGACAGAAAAUGGACCAAUAGAAUGGGCUCGUAAUUUACCUGAUCAUUGUCAAUUGUCGACUGGUUUAAAGCAAUUAGUUACGCCUCUUUUAGCUGGAUUGCUAGAAGAGAAUCAAAAAAGAAUGUGGAGUUUUGAUCGGUUCUUCAAUGAAGUCUUAAAUAUAUUAAAUAAGAAAACUGUUCAUAUAUUUUACAUUAAUCGAGCAUCAUCAAUAGAAAUUUUUAUGGAAAGUGAUGAUGCAAAUACACUAUUUCAUUUUAAGGAACACAUUAGUCUACAAACCGAAGUUAAUCCUGAUAGUCAAUUAUUGUUAUAUGGAGAAGAGCACUUAGAGGAUCUAGUAGCACCAAAUACAUCAAUUAAAGGCUAUCCAGAAACUGCAAUUUUUAAUCCAAUUAUGCUGUUUAGUAUUGAAAAUAACAAUGUUUGCCUUCAAAAUGAUCAAGAAUUACCAAAAUUUCCAUCAUUUCCAGUUGGCGUUAGUGUUGAAAAUGAUGCAAGUAUGGCUAAGUUGGCCUGCUCAGUUGGACAUGAAUGUAAAAGACGUAUUAUAAACUAUACAAAAAUGGAUACACUAAUUAAUAGUGGAAUUGAAAAAUUAAUUGGAUUAUUAAAAACUACAUUAAAUAAACUUUUACAAAAAUCUCGAUAUUUUGAAGACAUAAGAUCAACAAUCUAUGAAUUGGCUGACACUUUAGAGACAUUAGUAUCUGCUGACAUAUGUCAUGAUGAAGUUAAGCAAAUAUGUAUGGAAGUAAAGAGUUUAAAAGAAGACUUUUCUCGCAUUUUGGAGCCAAUUCAACAGUUGAAUAAUCGAUUUUGUGUUGAAGACAUCCUCACUCGAGAAUGGAAGACGAGUUCUCGUGAUAUUAAGAGUCCAUCGAAGCAUUAUUCAAAUGAAAAAUCAAAACAUUUAGUUGAACGAUUGAGGGACUCUUGGCAACAUUUAUUAAGAGAUAGAGCAACUCGAUCAUUAACUUACAAUGAUGAGCAGUUUCAUGCAUUAGAAAAGAUCAAAAUAGCAGAGACUGGCAAACGAAUCAAAGCUCUACUAAAUGACAUUGUCAAACCAGCAAUCAUAAUGGAAGCAGAGUGCCUAGCUGAUUGGUAUAAAAUGGCACAAACAAUUUAUUUGCAGGCUCAAAUUUUGGAGAAAGAUUUGUCAAGUUAUGAAGAAACUUUAUUUGAACUUCGUGAUAGGUUGAUAAGGAUGAAGGAAGAGAUGAAGCGGGAUAAUACAGAAAUGAAGAAAAAUAUUUCUUGUGGCUUCAAAGAGCCGUCAAUAUCAAUGUUGAAGAAAAGAAUUGAAAUUUCUAGCGAUGUUAAGAACAUGCUAGAGUUCCAAAAGGAAAUUCGCAGUAUACUGCAGGAAAAUGAAGAUCUCAUAAAAAUGUUGCAAAAUGUAGCUUUUGACGAUGGAAAUUCGAUAGAAAAUAGUCAUUUAUAGCUUCAACUGCGCAUUUUAGAACAAGUUUUGUUUCUGAUGAUUCGAAAAAGUGAUGAUUAAUGACAACAUUAAGUUCGAUAUACAUUUCAAAUAAUCAAAAUUAUAUUAAAUAUUAUAAAAUAAACA